GUCAGUCUUUCUCGCUCUCCCUGUUAGAUACUGAAUUCUAUGGCUGUUACAAACGACCAUUUCAAGACUGCACUAACAACAAGCAACCCAUCUGCUCUCCGUGAAACUGUUGCUGAAGUUCCCAAUGUCUCUUGGGAAGAUAUUGGUGGUCUGGAAAAUGUCAAACGGGAGUUGCAGGAGACUGUCCAGUACCCUGUGGAGCAUCCAGAGAAAUUCGAGAAGUUUGGCAUGUCCCCUUCCAAAGGUGUUCUGUUCUAUGGCCCUCCUCGGUGUGGUAAAACCUUGUUGGCCAAGGCAAUUGCAAAUGAGUGCCAGGCUAACUUCAUCAGUAUCAAGGGACCUGAGCUGCUUACCAUGUGGUUUGGUGAGAGUCAGGCUAAUGUACGUGAGAUCUUUGACAAGGCUAGGGGGUCAGCACCAUGUGUCCCCUUCUUUGAUGAGCUUGACUCUAUUGCUACCCAGAGAGGAAGUAGUGUUGGGGAUGCUGGAGGUUGAACUGGAACACAUUUCACGAGACACCCAUGGUUAUGUUGGUGCUGAUCUUGCUGCUCUUUGUACCGAGGCUGCUCUCCAUUGUCGGCCUCUUUUUUGGAACCAUAACAUAACUUUC